CCCGUUUAUAUUGAAGUAAAGUCUUUGUAAACAUAUCCAAGAGUUUUGUCACAAAAAACUGUAGACAUGUUUAAAGAGUUACUCGCCUUAGCGCUGGUGGCCUACCUGUGCCCACACGCUCACACACUCGGCACCGAAUGCGGCGGCAAAGACCUGCCCCAUAGCCACCAAAACGACCACUGGCUUCGGGUGCUCAAGCACGAGGAGUCGUCCCCAUUUAACAAUAACCCUGGUACAUACAAGGUCUUCCGUAACGUCAAGGACUUUGGCGCUAAGGGCGACGGCGUCACCGACGACUCCCUGGCCAUCAACCUGGCCAUUAGCGACGGCGACCGGUGCGGCAUCGGGUGCGGCUCGUCCACGAUAGCGCCGGCCAUCGUGUACUUCCCGCCCGGCAAGUACCUCAUCCAGCACACCCUACUUCAGUUCUACUUCACCCAGUUCAUCGGUGACCCGAUCAACGUACCGGAGCUCAUAAUGGCGCCCAAUUAUGACGGCGACAAAGUCAAGGCGCUCAUCACCAGCGAUGAGUACGCCGGCGGACCGGCCGAGAUCUGGACCAAUCAGAACAACUUCUACCGGGAAGUCCGUAAUUUCGUGAUUGACUUGACCAAGGUCGACGCGGCCAAGGAGGCCACGGCUAUCCACUGGCAGGUGGCCCAGGCUACUAGUAUUACCAAUGUCCACGUUAAGAUGUUGCCCAAUAGUAAACAUCAAGGUAUUUGGAUGGAGAAUGGCAGUGGUGGCUACAUGAGCGACUUGUUGUUUGAGGGUGGUAAUUUUGGUAUGUGGGUGGGCAAUCAGCAGUUCACCUCGCGUAAUAUUACCAUUCGUAACGCUAAUACCGCUAUUUUCAUGAACUGGAAUUGGGGUUGGACGUUUAAGGGCAUUAAGAUCGAGAACUGUAAAACAGGUAUCGAGAUGACCGCCGGUGGCGCCGCCAAACAGGGUGUCGGCUCCCUAUUGCUUAUGGACUCCGAGAUCAAGGACACACCGGUAGGUGUGCUCACCGUCAACAGCGCCACCAGCUUACCUGCCGGUGCCGGCUCACUCAUACUCGACAACGUCAAACUGACCAACGUACAAAAAGCGGUAGCCAACCCUGGUGGCCAGGCCCUUUUGGAGGGUGGCUCCAAAACGAUUGCCUCGUGGGGCCAGGGACGUUUCUACGACCAGAGUGGCAAGGGCCAAUAUAGACAAGCUACAUUAACCGCGGCUAACAAGCCCGCCGUACUGUUGGACAACCAGGGUAACUUUUUCGAGCGCCCUAAGCCCCAGUACACCGACGUAGCUAUGGGUGACUUUAUAAGCGUCAAGUCGGAGGGCGCCAAAGGAGAUGGUGUUACCGAUGAUACCGCGGCCCUCAAGAAGGCCUUUAGCAAGUGGGCUGGGUGCAAGGUCAUCUACAUCCCCGCCGGUGACUACGUGGUCACCGACACCGUGCUGUUGCCCGCUGGCACCCGAGUGGUCGGCGAGGUGUGGUCCGUGAUCAUGGCUACUGGUGCCAAGUUUGCCGACGCCAAUAACCCGAAACCCGUUUUCCAAAUCGGAAACCCCGGUGAGACCGGUAUCGCCGAGAUGUCGGAGAUUUUGUUCUCCAGCGAGGGUCCAGUUCCCGGCGCUAUAAUGCUUCAGAUCCACCUCAAGGAGUCGGUGAAGGGAGUACCCGAGGGCUCACGUAUUAUCGGCGAGAUCUGGUCCACGAUUAUGGCUACCGGUGCCAAGUUUGGCGACGCCAGCAAUCCCAUACCAGUGUUCAAAGUAGGCAAUCCUGGCGAGACUGGUAUUGCUGAAAUAUCGGAACUCCUAUUUAGCACCAAAGGUCCCGUUCCCGGGGCUAUAUUACUACAGAUCAACCUUAAGGAGUCGGUUCAGGGAGGGGUCGCUCUAUGGGACGUACACUUCAGGAUAGGCGGGGCGAAGGGCACUGGACUUCAAAAUAAAGAAUGUAUACGUGGCGGUACUUUUAAGCCGGAGUGUCAGGGUGCUUUUAUGAUGCUACACGUAGCACCUACCGGCUCAGCCUAUGUUGAAAACAUGUGGGCCUGGGUGGCCGACCAUGACCUGGAUGGACCCAAACAAGUAUCAAUAUUUAACGGUAGAGGUGUUCACAUCGAGUCUAAUGAGGGCCCGGUAUGGCUGUACGGGACGUCUAGCGAGCACUCCGUGUUAUAUCAGUACAGUAUAGCCAACGCUAAGAACGUGAUGAUGGGUAUGAUCCAGACGGAAACCCCCUACUACCAGGCCUACCCGGCCGCACCCGAGCCCUUCAAGCCGAUAGCCAAGUAUAACGACCCGGACUAUAGCGCCUGCGAGAAAGGGUCGCUCACCUGUCCCAUGGCCUGGGGUCUCAGGAUAGUCAACUCGGAGCACGUGUACGUGUACGGGGCCGGGCUGUACAACUUUUUCCAGAACUAUGACCAGGCUUGCCUUAAGACAGAGCACUGUCAGGACAAUAUGCUGUCCAUCGAGAAGUCCCCCAAAAAUAUAUUCAUUUAUAACUUGAAUACUAAAGCGUCGGAUAAUAUGGUGACCGUCGACGGCAAGAGUGCUGCGAAACAGGCGGACAAUAGGGCCGACUUCUGCUCCACGAUCGCCGGCUUUGUCGAGAAGUAA